GGGUCGGAUCUAUCUGUGCCGGUGUCACGUUCUCCAUGGCACCCUUCGCAAGUCUCAUCACGGACAGGUUCGGAUGCCGACCUACUGCCGUCCUCGGCAGCGCCCUCGCUCUUGCCGGUAUCCUGAGCAGCUCCUUCGCUACCCGGAUUGAACAUUUGUACAUCACCUUCGGCCUGGCCAUGGGGAUGGGUUUCUCCAUCGCCUUCCAGCCGUCGCUCUACAUCCUUGGGAUCUACUUCCAGAAGCGCCUCGGUAUCGCGAAUGGUUUAGUCAGCACCGGGACGUCCAUCUUCACGGUCGUCCUACCCUUAGGUAUGCGGGAGAUCCUCAAGCGCUAUGGCCUUAGACCUUGUAUCUGGCUCCUCAGUACCAUCAUCUUCGUGAUGUUGCUCGGUUCCUUAACCUAUCGCCCUCGACCGGAAGUGGUUGAGGUCCUUGACCUCAAGGAGGACUAUACUUCCGUCCGGAGGUCAGAGGAUGAUGACCUUCAAGAAGGGGAAGGAUGCUGCGGAAGGUGGUGUAGAAGGGUGAAACGUACCAAGUGUUCCUGUAGCAGUAUCAUUAAUGUCAGUAUCUGGAAGGACAGGAACUACAGGUUAUGGGCCAUUGGUAUGCCUCUGGGAUUGUUAGGGUACUUUGUUCCCUUCUUUCACCUGAUAAAACAUGUCAACGAAACCAUACCUGAAGCCCGGGCAGAGUUGAUCAUCAUGUGCCUUGGUGCUUCGUCGGGAGUUGGAAGGAUUUCUGCAGGAUUCCUGAGUGACCAUCCAAAGAUCAGUCCAGUUCAUAUCCAGCAGCUUGCCUUUCUGGUGAUUGGAGUCUCGACAGCGCUGUUGCCACUCAUGCGAAACUUCAUCGCCCUCUGUGCCACUAUCCUGAUCAUGGGAGUCUUCGACGGAGCCUUCUUCUCCAUGAUCGGACCUGUCGCAUUCAACUUAGUCGGGCCGCAGAGGGCGUCACAAGCCAUUGGAUGUGUCCUUGGCAUCAUGUCCUUUCCCAUGAUGAUUGGACCACCGAUUGCUGGCUUUCUGUAUGACCUGACUGGGAAUUACACCUUAGCUUUUGCCCUAUCCGGUAUUCCGCCAAUGAUCACAGUCUGCACCCUCUUCUACAUUGAAACCGACCCUCGAUCGGACGACCCUGACGAGGAAGCCGACGACGAGAAGCAGGAUGCUCACGAAGCGAAAGAACGAGCGUUGAUGAUCCCUCAGGAGGCCACGCCCAGAAUGGUUGCCAAGGAGGAUGCAGAGAUGAUGUUGGGAAAUGGUGUCACAGAGGAUGAUGUUUGGAAGAGGCGAUUCGUGGACAGAGGUGGCUUGGAGGAUGACCGCGGGAGGAGGAGGAGUUAUAGAAGAGAUGUCAUGUCACCAAGCGAUACUCGCCUCAUCAUGGAAAACCAUGUUCCUCAUAGCAACAGCAACCAUCAUCCCAACGGUGUCCAUAGCAACGGAGACAUCAACAAAAUACGUUGGUGUCUACACGGAGGGGUUAAGAGGGAAAGGUGUUCUAGCGAAGGCGUACGGACUGGAAGAGGAGGGGAGCAGACCGCCGUACGCUCACCGUGAUCGUAACGAUACUAACCACCAUGGGAAUAAAAAUGGGCAUGCCCCUAAAGAUAGAGGCAACGAGUUUGAGAUGAAAGGUAUUUUUCACAGGGUGGACUCUCAAACAAACGAACUUGGAACUGGAAUAAUCAUCACGAAAAGAGAGACGGCAGUAUAGAACAAUAGAUUGGACAUCGACCUUGCCUCUAUUUGUAUAGCUUUAUAUACCAGAGUUUAUAUUUAUGACAUUUAUUAAUGUGAACUGAUCGUUUUGUUAUCACAAAAGUAUGAAGUUCAACUUGAAUCAAGUGAUCGUUAAGCAUACGGAUGUCUCCAUUAUAAGCGAAGGGGAUACAGAUUACGCCAUAAUUAUUUUCAGAGCGUUUUUAUCAUUAUGAAUCAUUUCAACUGACGGAUAUCAAAUAAAUAUAUGGAGAGCUGGCUCCUCCUAUACCA